GGGAGGCGGAAGGGUGAGGGGGAAACCGGAAGUGCGAGUGUACAGUAGAAGAGUCGAAUAUUAUGUGAAGGGACGGAAAUGCCGCUCCUGAGUCAAAACAAACGAAUCGACCACAUAACCUCAACAUCGGAACUGUUCUCCAAACAUUCCCAUAUAAAGGAAAAUGCCACACUAUUUCGCUCCAAACCCCUUGUGACAGUGGAUCCAAAGUGCCUGCUUUAUGUACAACAGAGGGAAUUUGCAGCCACAACACCAGCAGACGACUCCGUUUCAGUUAUAGGAUCUGGGGAUGCAACAACUUGUCACUUAGUAGUCCUGCGCCAUACAGGAAGCGGAGCGACCUGUCUGGCUCACCUGGACGGCUCGAACACACGGACUGAAGUUCCUCUUAUAGUUAAUGCCGUCACGGCGUUAUGUAACCCAGCUAAAGCAGGCAGGUUAGAGCUUCAUCUUGUCGGGGGAUUCGAUGACGACAACAAGACUUCACAUAAACUCAGCCGGGAAAUCUUUGCGGCGUUUCAGAAACAAAAGGAGGACAUUCACCUAGAAACUUGCUGCAUUACUGAUAUAAAUGAUGUUGUGACAGAUGGAAUUCACAGACCAAUUAUCUAUGGAAUAGGUGUGAACGUUAAAACUGGUGAGGUUUUCCCAUCCAUGUUUCCACACAGAGGACCUGCUGAGGACUUGAGGUCUGCACGUAGCUUCACAGGUGGACAGUUAGCUGAGGUCUAUGACUGUAGUAAGGAGCAGCUGAAGAUCGGCCCAUGCAGAUGGUCUCCCAGUAAUGACCUCGCCUUCUGGCUGGAUGAAGAUGAUGAAACAAUCUUACAAUACCUGUCCACAUCUCCUUAUGCUGAGCCACCCCAUUUCGUCCAACACAUCAAGUCCACAAUCCGCUUCCUGCUGGAACACCCAAACACCGACACUCUGUUUCCCGGAGGCCAACCGCAGCUCUUCCAACGUUCGGAGCAUGGAGAGUGGGAGAGAGUCUGCUCUUAACCCUGAUCUUUGCCCUUAACCCUGAUCUUUGCCCUUAACAAUCAGUAACACUGUGAAUUUACCAAAGGCCUUUAAAAAGCAAUUACUGGCUGAUGUUGUUCUUUCAUGCUAAUCUAUUUCUCUUAAGAUUUGGAUUAGCAUAAAAGGGAAACUUGUACCUGGGAUGGAAAGAUUGGAUUAUCUUUAAUUAUGCAUCAGAUGAGGUUUUAGAGAAAAUAAAAUGCCCCUUUAUGAACUCCUAAAGCUGGAAAAGCUGGAUUUGUUUUAUACAGUGUACAAUGUUGUACAGUACUGAAAAUUUUUUUGGAUUUUAUUUUAUUUUAAUAUGUAUCAUAAAUAUGGCAUGAAGUUUGACCUGAGUGUUGUGUGUAUAUCUUUUUGGAUUAUGAAGAAAAAAGUGCUGUAUAUCCUACUAAAAUUCUGCAAGAAUUGUUUUUUUACAAAUUCAAAAUAUAAUAAACAUUCAUCUUGAUAACA